UCCCUCGAAACAAAUACGUAAUAAUGGAUAAUAGCACUUGUUCUUCAUCCGUUUUUAACAAUAAUUCCAAUGAGGAAAAUAAUAAGAAGAAGAAGAAAUCCGGCGGCGGCAAAGUGGUGAAGCUGUCGACGGACCCGCAGAGCGUGGCGGCGAGGGAGAGGCGCCACCGCAUCAGCGACCGGUUCAAGAUCCUGCAGAGCCUGGUGCCCGGCGGCUCCAAGAUGGACACGGUGUCCAUGCUCGACGAAGCCAUUCACUACGUCAAGUUCCUCAAGACCCAGAUAUGGCUCCACCAAACCAUGAUCAACUUCGCCGCCGCCGACGACGACGACUUGCUCCUCCGUGACUACGACCCAAGCUACUGUUAUUCCGCCGCCGCCGCCGCCGGCGAUGAUGAUGUUCUUGCUGGUGACUAUAAUAUCCAGUCCUCACAGGCAAACUACGGAGUGGGUCCCGGAAACUACACAAUGCCUGGACAGGGAGGGGCCGCCGGCGGCGGAGACGGUGGCGUUGGAUUACAGGCGGGGGAAACCAUGGCGCCGGUAGAUGAUGCAUUUAGUGUGUACUACUAGCUAGAUUAUGUACUAGGGAAUCCAUUAAAUCUUAGAAUGGAGUAAUAUAUUAUAUUAGCUAGUAUAUAUAGGUAUAGUAGCUUAUUAGGUAGGUUCCGAUGAGAAAGAUCCUAGUUACGUUGCAGCUAGCUAGGAAUGGAAGUAUUAGUAAAUGUAGUGUUUCUCGUUUUCGCCUUUGUCUUGUCUCUUGCUCUGUUCUGUGGUGGUGUUUUCUGUAAUAUAUUAUGAUAUGAGUA